AUUCGUCAUCGGAAUCACUUGCAUUAUUCCACUCGUAAGCUAAUCGAUCUAAAGCCUUUAUAACAUGAUCCUGACCAUCAUCGUCCAAACACCCAAAACAAACGCCAUUAGUGUCAGGAUGACGGGCUAGUUGUUCCAUUCUUUUCAAUGGAUCCCCGAAAUGAUCCCAACCAAGCCGAUCCGGAUGUGAAGGCGAUCUCGAUGAUACUACUCCUGAAGUAGAACCUCGAGAAACUGAAACUGGAUCGUCGCCAGCCAUGAAAAAUACCGUAUUUUUAGUUGGUUGCACCGUUGGACGCAUUAGCUGGGCAACCUUCUGUUCCAGCUCUAUUAAACACUCUUGUUGUUGCUCGCUAAGUAUUUGUGCUUCAGUUGGUGCAGUCCUCGCUAUAGAUGGUGACGGAGGCAAUGGCAGCGUUAUCAUGCUCGUACGCGGUUGGUUCUCCGUAUUCUGCAUCUGUAUUGCGAUUUGAGCCAUUCUCUCUUGCAAAGCACCGAGGUCAGCAAAGUUGGUCGAUUGAAUUUUUCUUGGACUCCUCUCUAAUUGUUUUUUGCACAGUUCAAUGAUAAGACUAUUGCAAAAGCUCUCAUCGUCAUCAAGAAACUCUUCUUCCAAAGCGCAGACAUCGGGAUGGGGUUGCAUGAAAUUAUUUGAUGCAACAUUCGAAGAAGACCGUGAGAUAGGCACUUGACCCUGGCUUCCGGCAAUAUUUUUCUGAGAUCUUUCGGAGGAAAAUGGCGAGUGAACAGUUCUAAUAGACAUCUCAUACGUAGGUUUUCGCACUACUGACGUUGUUCCAUCUCCGAUAUCAGGAAGUGGUUCUUCCUUAGAUAUCUCUCGCUCCUCAGGUAUAGCAACGGUUACUGAACGACUAGUUGUCAUUGAAGAAGCACUGCGAAACUUUUCUUGCUUAUCGAUGGUGAGAUUUCCCGUAUGUUCUGAUUCUUCAACUUUCCUUCCAUCAAAAGUGUUGCCAAAGGCCUGGCGGCCGUCACUUGAAGCGCUAUUUCUCCCUAGUGAGCCAUUAGAUAGCGUAUGAUCCGAAAGGUCGCUCUUAACAGAGAAGAACGACUCGUCAGCGUCGCAAAGUGAAGUUUGCACAUCACGGUUUGGAGUGUUCGUAGAAACGUCAACCUGAACUCUGGGAGACUGUGCAAGAGCUACGUCGUGGUCGCCCUCUGAUUCUACGGAAUCUGUAGAAGAUGGUGAUGGAGAGUUUUCGUGUAAGUCUGUCACACGACAUCGUGCCUCUAAUUCUUGCACUAUGUUCAACAAGUUGUCUCGUUCUUGUUCGUUGAGACGGCCAUCCUUCACCCACUUUUGAUAAACCUUAA